AUUCAAGUAAAAAUCGGUGCAAGCAACAAUAAAGCAUUUUUAAUUUGCCAAAAACAUGCAAUUAGUCAUAAAACUAUACGUGGGCAUAAGAAAGGACAUAGUUUCAAGAUAUAAGUUAAAAAGUAGGCGACUGCAAUUUUCAGACAACAGUCGGUAACUGGCAACCAAGCAAGGAGGACUGGCGGCUCUUACAGCGACUAGUGCACUUGACGGAUUUUACAUACAUAUUUAGUAUUGUCGUGCGCCGGAAUAUCAACUAGUGGCGAUUGUGCAAAGAGUAAUAUGUCUGUGUACGCGUGGGGUGCCAACUCACACGGACAACUUAGCCUUGGCUUUGAAUCGGAGCUAUGCAUGUCACCGCAACUUGUACGCGAGUAUACGUUUAAUCCAAAUAGUGUUCGCCGUAUACGUGGAGGUGGCGGUCAUGUGCUAGUGCUCGAUACAAACGGACGCAUACACGCAUGUGGCUGGAAUGGACGCGGUCAGUUGGGCUUGAACUCAACCGAGGAGUGCUUUAAUACGUUUCAAACUAUACCGGGAGAAUAUUUUGGGGAUGUACCCGUUGAGAGUAUCGCUUGUGGUUGGGAUAUAUCAGGCUGCAUAACUGUGACGAAAAAGUUAUAUGUUUGGGGUUCGAAUUCUUUUCAACAGUUGGGUUUAUGUCAACGUGAAUUCAAUGCAGUAAGACGGCCACUGUCUGUUUUAUUGCCACGCAACGAUACGCCCGAACGCAUAAGUUUCGGACUACGUCAUUGUGCCAUUCUCACAGCAGAUCAUAAGGUUUAUGUAUUUGGACGGCUACGCAUAGGUGAUGAACCACCUUCAGACUUGUGUAUAACUGCGACAACCCUCAAUUGUGCGCCUGUUAUAAAAAUUCAAGCCUCCGAACCUAAUGAACUGCGUAUUAUUGACGUUGCAAGUGGACAAAAUCAUAUUUUACUCAAAGUGAUCGACUUGCAAUACGGUAAUGGUGCCAAACGUGUUAUUGCUUUAGGAGACAAUAAAUUUGGGCAAGCGAAUUCGUUUCAAUUCGAUGAGGAGAUUAAACAAAUAGUUACCGGCUGGACGCACAAUGCAGUGACAUUAAAAGAUAAUAGAAUACUCACUUGGGGACGUAAUUGCUAUGGUCAGUUGGGUAUUGGUAGUAUUACACAAAAUCAAGCCACGCCACAGGAAUUGGAUUUGUCGAGUUCGAUCACACAGUCGCGUUUACACUUUGGUUCGGAGCAUGGUCUCUUACGGAGCACGAGUGGUGAGGUGUACACUUGGGGUUGGAAUGAACAUGGUAACUGCGGCAAUGAUGACACGGAUAAUCUAUGCUCACCUACGCGGAUUCAACUUCCAGGACCUUGCAAAGUUGCUGGUACCGGCGCUGGAUUUUGUUAUGCAAUUUGUGAAGUGUCUACCACCGAUAAAAGCACUUAAAAAAUGUGGCGUUUGUGUACGUCUAAAAAAUAAAAUGUGUAUGUGUCUUAAUAUAUAAUUUGUGAUAAAUUAAAAAUAUUUUUUUUUUUUAAUAAAACGAGCAUUUUUCCAUGCAUACAAA